CCCCGCCCAGCCGCGGGGCUCAGUGGGAAAGGAUCGAAGUCGGUCGCUUUUCGGGAGCUGGAGGUAUUUUUCUGGCCUUGGUAACCUUGCCGCGAUGUGGUUCGAGAUUCUCCCCGGGCUCGCUGUCAUGGGCGUGUGCUUGCUCAUCCCCGGCAUCGCCACCGCGCACAUUCACAAGUUCAGCAACGGGGGCAAGGAAAAACGGGUAGCCUAUUAUUCAUAUCACUGGUCUUUGAUGCAAAGAGAUAAGCGAGUCUCUGGAGUUAAUCGUUACUAUGUGUCAAAGGGUUUGGAGAAUAUUGACUAAGGAAGCACUUCCUGAUUAAUUAAAAAUAACUCAGUUUUGCUCAUCUACUCCUGCUAGAAGUUUAUGCAGUAUAUUAUGUAAUGCAUAAUAAAAGUUAAAAAGUAAAA